AUGUCAAACGGCACGAUCGGACCGCUAGCUGACGUCUAUGUCGUAGUCCAUGACCCUGACUUUAGGGUUUCAUUCCAAGAUUUUACCACUUUUGCGGAGAAGGUAUCCGAGAAGAUCAUCGAGGCAGAUGAGACCAUCCCAGAGUUGCCUGUCAAAGAUGUAGGACGCAAGGGACCUUACGCACACUACUACUUCCAGGUGCAACCCAAUGGUGGUAGCUUCGUAGGUAUGUUCGAUUCUCCUCUCUUCGUCUUCGCGGAGACACCCGAGCCGCGAGCUGUCGUGGAACUCAAGCGCAGUGGUGGCUUCUGGCAGCCUGACGCGUCGACUCUGGCCAAACUACGACGCGACAUUGAUCGCAAACCGCACAAGAUCAAGGCCGUACUAACGGACUCUGGUAUUCGAGAGGCUUUCCUGGGUGGAGUCAAAGAUGACGAGAAAAAGGCUGUGAAAGCCUUCACGAGCCUGUCGAUGAAUCAGUCGAAUGCUCUGAAACGCAACCCAAAGGGAUAUGACCAUGACCACAAAGACAUCGAACUUAUGCGGCUCCGCAACUACACCAUGGGGCGGAAGCUCGCAGACGAUGAAAUUGUUGGUUCUGGGGGCUUGGAGCGAGUGGGUGAACUCAUUGCCAGUCUGGUACCCUUUAUCACCUAUCUGAACAGCAUCGCGAUGCCCGACGACGACACGUCAGACUCGAGCGAGGACGAAGGAAGCGAUGCCGAGCCCGACGAUGACAGCAACGCCGCAGAGGAUGACGAGGCUUGA